GUUGAUUACUACACUUUGUAGGUCAAGUGUGGAACACCCUAUGUUCGAUGAACCAGCAAGAAGUACCAUUGGAUGCUAUUGAUAGCAGUCUAUUGUGUUUCUUUGUCUACCUAGUAUUCUUCUUCAUGCUCUACGGCUUUGUUGCUGAUGGCUAAGCUCUCGGUUCCUUCCUGGCAUGCUUGCUAACUUGCUAACCUCUUAUACUUCAUCUUCACUGACUGCUAACGUGACUCAUUUCUGUAGCUGUUCUGCUCUAGUUACACUUUUUCUCGAUUUUCUUGUAUCUCUGCUCGAUGAAUUUCCGAUCUCCUUUUCACAUUCUACACAUGCGGCACCUGGUCGGGUGACAUCAUCGCCGUCAGCUGCUCGCCAGACGCGGUGCCAAUGCGAGCCUCCCUCAAGCACGCGAGUUGCCUUCUCUCACAUAUUGUCUCUUUCCUGCUUCGUUGUGGAUUAUUCCCUCCAUCCUCCGACUUCGUCCCUCUCUGCCUCAUCGCAAGGAUUACAUUGUGGACGUCUGCAUGCUGACUUGGUCGACUUCGCUCUCGGCCCGCCCUCGCCUCGGAGAAACGAAGAGCUCCGGCCACCGCAUCAUCGCCGACAGCUGAUCGAAUCAAUUCCCAGCCUGCCUUUUCGCCUGUUUAUUCUGAGCAUUCGGCUUUCCAGCUUCACCACCUCGCCUGACUCCCCACGCGGAAUAUUACUUUCUUGACUUCGUCGCUGCUAUCUGAUAUCUUUUCACCUUUCUACUCGCGAAACUGUCGAGCUGAGCUCCGGUGACCAACGCAUUCACCCUCCCUUCAGCCAAACCCGGCCCCGUCAGCACCACAAUCAACAACAUCCACCAUGCGAAUACCGUCCAGCCUCUCUUCUACCCUUCUCUCCUCCGCCCUGUUCCUCCCCAGUCUCGUCUCUGCCUCGGGCAGUUUCGACUGCAAAAACAUAAUCGUCGACAAAAUCAAAUAUGACCUCAGCCCCCUCGGCGGCGUACACACCCUCUACAACGUAGUCGAGAAACCC